CAGAUCCCAACAUGGCUUGUGACAAUGUUGCCAGUGGUCUCAAGACCGCGAUCCAACAGUCUCUCGUGGGAUACAUGCUCGCCAGCUCCAACGUCUACAUCAUCCAGAACGGCCAUUCUGUCGACAACUGCGCCGGCAGUCGAGGCACUGUGCUGAAUCUCGAUCAGGCGGGGUCAGUCUGCUACACCCUCGAGCGACCCGGGUCAGGUUCCUACUACGAGGAUCUCUCCGACCCCCUCUCAGCGGACUUCUUCGACGUUCUGUACAAUUCAUAUAGCAUCAACCUCCCGGCUCUGAUCAGUAGCUCGCUGCAGUGCCAGACCGCGCAAGGCUACAACGGCACCUACAAUCCUUCCACGAGCAUCAUUCCGGGCUCGGGAUACGCGAUCGACAAUCUGCCACCAUGCUUCUUCAAUCUUCCGGUCCUCUACACGGACUACACGGUGAAAACCACAGGUGAACUGGUGACAACAUCGGGGACGCCGUGCCAGCUUCGCGAGGGGACCGAGGACGAUGGAGCGGGCAACUAUCUUCCGCCGAGCCUGGCCAAGGUGUUCACCGCUCACUUUUGCCUCUACAAGCCAGGCCACUGAGGUACUAGUCACUUAUGAUAUUGGCCUCCAGCUGUGAUCCAUGCACCCAGCACAUGUUGUUGGUUGCAAGCUUCGGAGAUCUCAUUAUUGUAUCCGGAGACUGGCCGCCGGAAUAUGAAACAUUGAAGUUAUCUCUCGAUCUGGAGGUUCUCUCUGGUUGCAGUAGGGUUUGUGCUAAUAAAUGUUCUUUAUAGCAAGUGCUCUUUAACUUCUGUGUAC